GAUGCCCAGCUGGGAAGCAGGGGGGCUCGGGGCUGGAGAGAGGGAGCCCCCAGAGCCCCCCUGGAUGCGGGACAGACCUAGAUAUGCUGUGCUGAGGGAGGCCAGGCCUGGGGGCCCAGAGAGUUUCCUGGGCUGGGUUCAGACGCUCACUAACCCCUCCUGUUUUACGCUGGCUGGGAGUCGCUCCAGUCUAGAGAACAGGGGCAUUAUUCCCUCUGGGAAUGGAGGCCCCGGGGGUCCCGAGCGAGGGGACUCUCUGAGGGGGCCCAUGGCAGAGACAGGCAGGCUAAGGCUCUGAGAGGUGCGGCUCCAGGAGGUGGAGGGGCUGGACCGCCAAGAGAGUGGACCCCCGAGAAGGGCUGUCGCGCUGAAGGGGGUUCCCCCCACGGACCGCACGGGGCCAAGAGUGGGCACGACCUGGGAGUCCCUGACAGGGGCCCAGGCCCUCAGGGGACAGGGUGUCGGCCACUGUCUUAGAGGAUCUGCCGGCUCCGAUGCAGCCCUUCCCCUCCGGAGAUCUCAACACACUUUACAAAGCAGCGCUACUGUGAUGUCACGGCGGGCAGCUCCUCCCCCUGCACCCACCCACCGCCUCUCCCGCGGCUGGGGGCAGCCAAUGGCAGCCUGGCUACUGCUGGACCUCCUCCUCCUUGGGGCCACGGGCGUCUGGGUGACAGGCUGUGGCUUCCGGCCGGGAUACGACAGCCUCAGCACCUCCCCCGUGCCCCGCAUCAUCGGGGGGCAGAAAAGCCGCCCCGGGGAAUGGCCCUGGAUUGUGAGUAUCCAGACCCAAGGGCACCACUUCUGUGGGGGGAGCGUCAUACACUCCUGGUGGGUGCUGAGCGCGGCCCACUGCUUCCACGACAUCCGGCCCCAGGACGUGAGGGUGGCGGCCGGCAGCGUGACCCUGGGCGUGGGCGGCGUCACCCGGCGGGUUCGGCGGAUCCUGUCCCACCCCAGCUACAGCCGCACCACGUACGACUCGGACCUGGCCCUGCUCCUGCUGAGCCGGCCCCUGCCCCCCGGCCGGGGCCUCGGCCUCGUCUGCCUGCCCGGGGAGCUGGACGAGGAGGAGGACGCCGGGCAGUGGGGCAGCUGCUUCGUGGCCGGGUGGGGCACCACGGAGUACGGGCAGGAGCGGGUGUCGGGGGUGCUGCGGGAGGCCGGCGUGCGGAUCCUCGACUGGCUACGCUGCAUGUGGUGGAUGGGGGCCCUGACCCAAAACAUGGUCUGUGCCGGGCUCGAGGAGGGCGGCCGGGACGCCUGCCAGGGUGACAGCGGGGGGCCCCUGCAGUGCCAGGCCCCCCGGGGCUCCCCCUGGUACCAGGUGGGCGUCGUGAGCUGGGGCCGGGGCUGCGGGCGGCCCCAGCGCCCGGGCGUCUACACCCGCGUGGCCAACUACCGGGCCUGGAUGGAUGAGGCCACCGCCGCCGCGGGGAGACCCCUGAGGCCCCAGCAGGCCACGCCCACCCCCCCGAAGGCGGAGCCGGGGGUCACCGGAGGCGGGGGGCCCCGCCCCUGCCCGUGGCGGCCCCUCGGCCUCGCCCUGGGGCUGGCUCUGGGGAGGUGGCUGGGCUGAGUGAGCGAGACGCAAGGCAUGCUGGGAAGAGGACAAGGCCGGCGCUGCAAAGGAUUCUGGGAGGGGAGGGCGACGUUGGCCGCCCUUCGGGGGCAGGAGGGCGAAGGGGCAUUAAAUAUUAUGUGGCGAAAUGGAGAGCGAACUGUUCACUGGGAAUAGGGACCCAGGCGUCCGGCAGGGCAGGGCAGGGUGCCCACCCCUGGGGAGGGGAGAUGGGACCCAGGCA